UUCCUGAUUUAUUUUUUAAUUUUCGAUUAUUAAUUAUUAAAAUGCAUUUUCACAAAUAGAAAGCGAGGUAUACGUGGAUAGAUUUCCAAGUUUUUGGUCCGCCGCAAUCGAGCGAUCUGAGAGGGGGUCAAAGUCUUCGCACUGGUAAUAGUCGAUUUUCCGGCGUUGGUGUUUUUCUGUUUCCGGCGACGUUUUCGUUUUCGGAUUGGAAUCUAUUUACUUGGGAAUUUUUGCUUCGGGAAAAAGGUUGAAUUAGGGUUCGGGUUCCGCAAGGGUUAUGUCUCUUUUAAUUGCGGGGGCAGUUUUUUUUGUGGUGAAUGAACUUGCGUGAUUCAGGGUUCCAAUUAAUUUAGUAUUUGAUUUCGUUAAUUUACCGUUGUUUGCUUCUGGGUUGCCGAGUGUGAAAAUUAGGGCUUGGGUUCGUGACAAUUAGGGUUUUUUUAUUUUUUUGCCCAAUCUACAAAGAUGCCCAAGAGUUCGAGGCACAAAUCUCAUAAACAGAGCAAACAUAGUUCAAGGGAUUAUUCUGACUCUGAAGAGGAUGUAAUAAAGAUGAAGGAGAAGAGUAGUAAAGACGAAAACUCUAUCAGGGUUCAUCGGGAUUCAGCAUCGGGUGAUAAGCGUAAAGUUUCAUCCUCUGUGCGAGAAGGCAAGGACAGUAAGGAUCUGAGUGGUCAUGGCAAUGGAGAUGUUUUGGAGGAGUACGUUUCAUCGAAACGCAGAAAAGAGAAAACCGAUGUGGUUAUUGUCGGCGAUAGGUGGAGCGGGGGUGUGGAAGAGAGAGGGGAUAGUGAUAGGAAUGUCGAGAAGGAAAGUCAUAAAGGAGACAUCUUGAAAGUUGACCUUAAAUUGAAGGAGACUAGCAGCAAAGGUGAAAGCUUGAGAGUUGAGUCCAGGAGUAAGAGUAAACGGCAUGAUAGUGGAAUUGUUGGUGAGAGAAAAGACGACAGUUUAGCAUCUGUAGUUUUGGAGAAAGAGGAGGGUAAGAGCAAAGGGGAGUCAAAACGGAGGUCCGAGAGGGAUUCUUCUUCGCGUAAAGAUGGAAAGGACACGAAAGAGAAGGAUCGCAGGUCGGACAAGGAGAAGAAUGGAGGUCAGGAGAGUAAGAUAGCUGAUGCUGAGGUGAUGAAACUAGUUGAUAUGGAUCUUGUGAAGAAGCAAGUUCCGCAAUUGGUGGAUUUUAGUGAGGAUAAACAGGGUAAACGUGCUCGAGAUAAUACUGAACGCACUUUAAGGGACGAGUCGCGAAAGCCUGAACUGGAGAAGGAUAUCGAGAAAAAGACGCGCAAGAAAAGAGAAGCUUCUAGUGAAAAAGAGAAACAUUACGAUGAUUCUAAAGAAGGUGAUGAGAGGCGAUUGUCCUCGAAAGGUGACCGCUCCAAAGAUUUAAAAUACAGAGACGAUAAGCAUAAAGAUGGAGGAGGUUAUGCAGAUAAAUACCCGGAAGACGACCUCAAAGAUGACAGGCGAAAGGAGGAAAAAUACAGGGAAGAAUCUGGCAAGGAUAACAAACACCACGAAGACAAGUAUCUAGAAGAUGACGACAAAGAUGUCAGGCGAAGAGAUGAUAGACACCGUGAAGAUGUGGAUCGUGAAAGUAGACGCAAAGAUGAAAAGCACCGUGAAGACGGAGGAGAACGAGAUAGUAGGCGGAAGGAAGACAAGUACCGUGAAGCAAUUGAAAGAGAAAGCCGAAGAGAUGACAAGUACCAUGAAGAUGGGGAGAGGGAUAGCAGCAAACGUAGGGAUGAAAGGUACCAUGAGGAUGGAGACAAAGAUGAUAGACGUAGGGACAGUAGUUACAGAGACGAUGGUGACAGAGACAACAGGCACAAGGAGGAAAAGUACCGAGAAGAUGUUGAAAGAGAUAUUCGGCAUAACGAUAGUAGUAAGCAAGGGGAUGGGUACGAUAGAGAGAAGAGACCAAGAGACACCAAGUACAGAGACGAACGUGCCUCGAGAGACCGUUCUGGCGAAAAGUCUGACCUUAAACGUUCCAGGGAGGAUGGUUACGCUGACCAUCAUGCUAGAAAAUCAAGUGCCUACGAUGAUAGUCCGACCCGUGAUGACAGAGUGGCGAGGUACAGGGAUGAUCAAGGUAGGAGGAGAACCAAUGAAAAAGAGGAUUAUGGUGAUAAAUCUCGUGGCACGAAGGAUCAAAGAUCUGAUUCUGAAAAGAAAAGUGCAAGAAUGGAUAUCGCUGUUGAUAGAGUAAGGUCUACUUCUAGAAAUGCUGAUGUGGAACUUUCUUCUAGCCACAGCAAAAGAAGGAGUUCCCCCACCUCAAGUUUUCAUGCUCCAAGGGAUCACUACAGGGCCCCGAAGCAAGACGAGUCCAAGUAUAGAGAUCAUAAUUAUGAAGAGAGAAAUCGACACAGCAUGACUUCGUCUAGAGAUUAUGCUGGUGCAGUUGGCGGAUCUGAGAAACCUUCAUCCCGGUCAGGGGAGAAGCUCGGUCAAAAAGACGAUGGUCUCUUCGGAGAGCUCUCGGCCGAAAGGCGUCUCAAGUCCGAUAUGCGUUCAUCACCCUUGAAGCUAGUGGAUAAUCAUAAAUCUCCAUCAAGUUCUGAUAGGAGACCUUUUGGCAGGCCUGAUGUUAGACGAAGCACUGACGUAGACGAAUCAAUGCAAAGGAGUGGUGGUGGUUCUCGAGACUGGAAAGACUAUCCUGGAGAAGAACUUUCACAAGCUGAUGCAGAUAAUACUUCGUCACCUUUUGUGAGAAACAACCAUUACUCUAACAUUUCCAAGGCCUUGCCACCUCCACCACCCUACAGGACAGGUCUGGAUAGCCCUUCGGUGUUAGGCUCGGGUGAAGACGAUGGUAGAGGUAAGCCCAACAUGCGUCAUCGUAGAAUGGGCGAUCCUAACAUGGGAAGAAUGCAAGGAAAUGCUUGGAGAGGUGUUCCAAGCUGGCCUUCUCCUGUGGCAAAUGGUUUCUUGCCUUAUCCACAUGGUCCACAUCCUGUCGGUUUUCACACAGUUAUGCAGCCGUUUCCUUCUCCCCAAAUGUUUGUCAGACCAUCAAUGGAUUUAAGCCACGCUUCCCCUUACCAUAUGCCUGACGCUGACAGGUUUUCCGGGCCGGGCCGCCCAAUGGGAUGGCGGAAUCAGGUGGAUGAUUCAUGCCCUCCAUUAUCUGGCUGGGAGACAAGUAAUGCUGUCUUUGGGGAUGACUCUCACAUUUAUGGGAGGCCAGAGUGGGAACAUUCUCGGAAUUUGUCUGUUAGUCGAGGAUGGGAGUCGAGUGCAGAUUUGUGGAAAGGGCAAAAUAGAACUUCGAGCAUGGAGGCACUGUCUUCUGAGAAAGAGAACAACUCUAUAAGAAGUGGAGAGGGGGCUUUGUCUGUUCAGCCCGUUCAACCAGCGGAGAAUGAGCAAAGUCGAGGUGUUAAUCAGCAGACAGAUAGUACUGAUGUUGACCAGUCAACAAAGAGCUUUGGAAAGAAUGAUGUUGAGGCCUCUCUUGUUAGUGCGGAGGGUGGUGAUGAUGGUGUCGCUAAAAUGUCGAGAAUGGAUGAUUUGCCCAUAUGCCAUGUUUACCUUUCCAAACUUGACAUUUCUACAGAUCUUACUGAACCUGAAUUGUUUGAUAAGUGCAGAGGCUUGAUGGAUGUGGAACAUAGCAUGUUCUCUGAUAUAGAUGAUUCUAAAAUAUUAUAUAUGGAGGAUGUUGAAGCUAGAAUGGCAUCAUCGCAUAGACUUCUGAGUUAUGCACUGUUUGCAUCUACUGAUGAUUCUGUUUUCCAGAAAUCAAUGUCCCUAUAUAAGAGGCAGAAAGGUCAAUUUUCGGCUGAAGGUGGUGAGGAAACCGAAGUAUUGGGCGAGAUGGUUCCAGAUUCUGCUCAGGAAGAAGAUGACAUCAUGGAGGAAGAUCAAACUGAGAAGCUGUGCCCAACAGAUGCAAUGCAGGGCAUAGAGGAGAACAAUACUCUUCCAGAUUUCGAUAUCGAAAUGAAACCUACCAAUGAUUUGCAGAACACCGAAGCAUAUGCUGAACCCUCGGAACAGAUGAUCGAUCCACCACUUGACAGCAUCACAGUCAAAACCGAAGAGCCAGAUUCUGACAAAGACAACGAAGAAAAAGCCGAAGGAUCUGAAACUACUAACAAUGAAGAAACAAAGUUGGUAGAUUCUAAAUUUGGUCCUUUGCUUAGUUCUGAUGAUGUUUCUUCUGAGGCAUCUGAGGCAAUGAUGCCAGAGUCAAUGGUAGCUGGGUCAGUCAAUUUAAGUCGGAUACAUCAUUCUCCUGAAAGUACACAUUGAGACAAUUUAAAUUUUUUUUUCUUCGGUUUCUUUUCCGAGUUUUUGAAAUGAACUUUUGGGUUAUUUUUCUUUAUCUUAUGAUCCCCUCAUCUCUGUGGUUUUGGCUGCUGAUCUAGUUAAUGAAUAAAACUCUCUCAAGUUCUUA